AUGGCUUCCUCAAUGUCUUUGUAUUCGAUCAUAGGAAUUUUGAUCUUGUCCACCGACGCGUCCGCAGACUCCAGCCGUCUCUUCGCCAAGUACUAUACCACUCCCCAUCACUCUGCCACACACCCAACCCCUACACAGCCAUAUGCAAGUCUGAAAGAGCAGAAGGCAUUCGAGAAGGGCUUACUGGAGAAGACCUCAAAGCAAACUUCCGACGUGAUUCUCUACGACAACAAGGUGGUCGUGUUCAAGAACGAGAGCGAUGUUAUGUUAUACGUGAUCGGAUCCGCAGAAGAGAACGAGAUCCUACUAUACAAUGUCAUUCUUGCGCUGAGGGAUACUCUCAGUAUAUUGUUGAAAAAUUCUACCGACAAACGCACGAUCAUGGAGAACUACGAUCUAGUCACUCUAGCCAUCGACGAGAUCGUGGACGACGGUAUUGUACUGGAGACGGACCCUGUGAUGGUGGCAUCGCGAGUUUCGAAAGCGCCCGCACAGGAUGCACCCAACAUGAAGAACUUGGACCUCUCGGAGCAAGGCAUUCAGAACUUGUGGGAGUUCGGAAAGAAGCAGGGCAUCGAAUUUGUGAGGCGGAACUUAUGA